AUGCUACGGCACUUUCCCGUUCCGCCCGAAGUGGGGAAGGAACUGAAAGUGGCUUUGGGUCCCCCUCGCGCGCCGCCCCCGCCCCUGUCAGAGCAGCAGCAGCAGCAAAGCCAGAGAGGCUGCGCAGUGCGAGCCUCCAGAUGUGGGUGGAGAGAAGCUGCCAGGAGGGACGCAAAAGGUAGGAAGAGAAUCAUUUCCUCCCUCCGAGGGCCACGUGGUCCCCCUUCUGCUCCAGAGUUUUCUGCUCCCUGGAUCGGGGGGGGGGGGGCGGGGAGCGGACGGUGGGGGUUGGGGGGUUGGGGUCACACCUGGACUAGGGCUGCCUGCUUGCUCUUGCAAAUGCACGCAUACACUCUCUUCCUUGCUGUCUUGAAAGAUGACCCGACACGCGUUUGUACACUCCCUUUUCGUAGAUCCAGCUUGGAGUGUAUACCUAUAGAUAUAUAUGCUCAUAGGCGCGCGCGCGCGCACACACACAUAGAUAUACAUAUACAGUAUAUAGACAGUAUGCACGCACACACGCACACAGCAGAAUGAGGUGGGAUCGUUUCCUGGCACGGUCCGUCGAGAUUUCGCUGUACUACGAAGGACUGUCGAUGGAGCGUGCCCUUUUUUUAAACUUGCACGUUGAGUCAAGGGCACCUGCUCCCUGCAGAUCAAGAAAUCGAAGCAUCUUCGUUUGUUUGUUUUUAGCCUAGCUCACUCUGUCUCGGUUGUACUAGGUUUUUUUUACUGUAGGAAGUUUCUGACAUAACGGGACAGCGGAACGUGUGAGUCCCCACUCCGGUACCAAAGAUUGAAGUGGUACAGUCCUCCUGCAUAUGUGGGUCAGGCCCUGACUGCCUUAGAGAAAAAGGUGAGGCAGCAGUGCCUUGACCCACGGGGGUGGGAGGUGGACCUAUCACCAGGUUGGCCACUGUGGGAACAGGAUGCAGAACUAGAUGGGACAUUGGCCGGAUCCAGCAAGGCCCUUCUUGUGUUCUUAUCCAAUUCCAGCUCCUCUCAGAACAGCGUCCCAACAUUGUAUACAUUAUGUCGGAUCUGACUUUUCUUUCUUUUCUGUAGAAGUGUUUAUCCAUUUUCACUUCUUUUUUCAUUUUCUUGUUCCCUACCACUAUAGAAUUUUGCAUGUUUAUCGGUUUAUAGAUAAUCAAAAUCAAUCAAUCAACAAACAGCCCUUCCACCUGGCUGCAUUGAAAGCAAAAGAUAAAAUAGUUAGGCCCACUUCAUCAGUCUUGAGUCUGUGACUAAGUGCAACUUGGUAGUAGCUAUUAUUUAUUUUAUUUAUUGUAUUUAUAUCCUGCCUUUUUCUCCAAGGAUCUGUACAUGGUGGCAUACAUGGUUCUUCCCUUCCUCAGUCUCCCCUGUGAGGCGGGUUAGGCUGAGAGGCACUGACUGGCUCAAGGUCACCCCACCCAGUGAGCUUCAUGACUGAGUGAGAGGAUUUGAACUCUGGCCUCCAAAGUCCUAGUCAGACACUCCAGCCACUACACCACACUGGACUAAGCACAUAAAAGCAUAAAGCAUUCUUCUAUAUGGCUUCCAUCUCAUUUAAAUGCUCUUAUCAAGUGACAGUACAUGGACAGUGAUUGUGUCUGCACCAGAGGCCAAGAUGGCUGACCACCAUAUAUAUUAACUAGCAAGUGUUGUUGGAAGGGCAAACAGGGUUAUCAACUUGUAUUUUACUUUCUCUGAGGGAUCUUGUGUUAUUAUCAGUCAUCACUGUAUCUCCAUGCCAGGGAUUGUGGUCCCCUCCCCUUCAUUGUGCACCUGGGGACUGGAAUAUUAGGCAGGGGGAGAAUAAAAAUGGAACAAUCUUCAGAUGAGCAGUCCUGGGCUAAGAGUGUUCCAUUUUUCAUGACAGGACAAUGCCUUCACUGCCUUACCACAGAUUAUUCUAACCACAGGCCAAGUCAAGAGAUUGAGAGGCCUUUCUCCUCAGCGUGAGAAACUGAAACCGAGAGAAAGCGGUGGCUGCAUCAGUCCCUUGAGAAGCAAAGAGGCCAGACUUCAACGCCCACUCCCAAAAUGGCGGCUCCCCAAGGAGAAAUGGCAGACCUGGGACUCCCAUUGCCGGUUCGAGUCAAAAUGGAGGCUCAGAGCCAAGCAGCGAGCGCUUCACCAGAAGGAAAUGGUAAAUUCCCCAGCGUAAGCCCUUGUGGCGCUGCCGAGGAGCUAGCGAGAGGAGCGUCUGUGCCCAAGGUGAAGAAGGAGCUGGCAGAGGAGCCGCCUCAGAGCUGGGAUUGCCAAUGGCAGCGGGUGUUGGAGGUGGUGCCCACUCCAGUGGCGGCCUCAGGGCGGGACAACCCACAGUUGCCUCCUCUGUCCCAGGGGGGCAACACCGAGGCCUACCUGGCCACCUUUGAGCGAGUGGCCGAUGCUUCUCAGUGGCCUAGAGAGGAGUGGGUAACUCGGCUUGUGCCCGUCCUCAGUGGCCAAGCCCAGCAGGCCUAUUUUGGUUUGGAUGCGAAAGACAAAGGCGACUAUGGGAAGGUGAAGGUGGCCAUUUUGAGGCUGGACAGCUACAUGGCCACAGAGGCCCAUCGCCAAGGCUUUCGGCACUUCUGUUACCAGGACGCCGAGGGGCCACGAGGAACGUGCCAGCAGCUCCAGGAGCUUUGCCACCGUUGGCUGAGGCCCGAGAGCCAGACCAAGGAGCAGAUCUUGGACCUGCUGAUCUUGGAGCAGUUCCUUGUCAUCCUGCCGCAGGAAAUGCAAGACUGGAUCAGGGAACGUGGGCCUGAGACCUGCGACCGGGCCGUGGCUCUGGCUGAGGAGUUUUUGCAGGAGCAGCAGGAGACUGAGAGAUGGGCCCAACAGGUAUGGGACAUAAUUGGCCCUGGUCUUUUCUGGGGGUGCUGAGAGGGUUUCAUGGGUUUGCAAACAGGAAAUUGAAUUCUGUCUAGCAGAAAGGGUGGGGACAUAUCGCUAGGGGUAUAAUCAGCAAGAACAGUGUGAAAAAUUGACGCAAGGGUGCAAGUUAUCUUGAGAACUGUCCUGGCAGAUUCCAUCUUUCCCUGAAUACAGUGGAACCUCAGUUGUCCAUAAUCCGUUCUGGAAGACUGUUUGACUUCCGAAACGUUCGACAACUGAGGCGCAAUGGGCUGUCAGCAAAAUCCAUUGGAGAAAAUGGAAAAACGCCCCUUGAAAGCCGUUUGACUUCUGAGGUGCAUUCGAAAACAAAAGCAUUCACUUUCGGGUUGUCGGCGUUCGAAAGCUGAAACAUUAGACUUCCAAAGCAUUCAACAACUGAGGUUCCACUGUAUAUGUACUGGGGGAAAAGUACCUACAAACUAUCGAGUAACAGCAGAUAUUGAAAAUUUUGCCUCUAAAAGCAGUGUAGAUUGUAUGUGUUGGAUGCACAGGAGACCAAUUAAAAAUCCGUUGUAGCCCCAUGUGGCCAACACAAAGUGGGCUGUGGUUUCAUCUGAAAGUGGGAAGGUUAUUCCUCACCACAGAAUUGGGGCGGGGGGGGAGCUUGUCAACAAACUGUUCGUAUACUAGCUGUGGUGAUUGCAUCACACGCUGCCAGCCUCUUGAGGCACAGAGAUGGCAGCUCUUUUCUGGUUUCAUUCCCUACAAGGCUGUGUUUCUGCUCUGAUUGAGAAAGCUCUGUGUAAUCUGUAUGCACCCUGGCUGCUAGCACUUAUCUAUUCACAUCCUUCAGAUGGUAUUAUAUUCACAUCCUUCAGAUGGUAUUAUAUUAUUGUUAUUGUUAUUGUUAUUGUUAUUAUAUAUCCUUCCUUUCUCCCAUAACUGUACAUUGCGGUCACUGUCAACAUUUGUAUGGGGAAUCUCGUCACUUGGCCACGGGGAGUCUUGACCACACUUUCAUUUUUCUUCUGGCAAAACAUUUCAUUUCAAACCGACGCAAUUGAAACUUAUCUUUGUGCACCCAUAAUGGCUAGAAACCUGACUUGUUGAAUACAGAAACUGAGCUUCUAUGGGUGUCACACGGCAUCAGUUUCUGCACAAUCUAAUUCCCCCCCCAUUUUAUUUAUUUAUUAACAUUCUUAUAUUUCAUCGGUAAACAUUGUCAUAUUACAUUACAGGACUUACUAUAAUAUAAUUUCCAACAUGUAUACAAAAAUUAUAUACAGAUUUUAUAUACCUAAAAAGAAAAUGAAACAAACAAAAGAAGAAAGAAAGAACAAAGGGGAAAAAAAACAAUUUAUUCCAAAAAUCAUAUACAUACCAACACACUAGACUUCUUGUCUUUCCCGUUGUAUAUUCCUUUUUUACAAAUGAAUGUACUCUUAUUAUUAUAUAUUUCUUUACAUAUUAUCUAAUACAUUCCUAUGUCAAUAUGUGCUCUUAGUCUUAUUUCUCAACUCAGUCUCACUCCAACGUCAAUCAAAUGCCAGCAUAGAUAGUGAACCUUUACUGUAUUUUUGAACAUAUGUUUUAUAUCUAUCCCACUUUUCCAUAAAUUUCUGUUUUGAGUUGCCUCUUAGGGUAUUUGUUAACUGUGGCAUUUCAGCAAAUUCUUGUAGCUUGUAAUGCCAGUCCGUUAUUGUCGGGGCUUCUUGUUCUGCGCAACCUAAAUUCAACCGUUUCCCGUUCUGUUCCUUUCAGAUAACGGUGCCGAUUGAGAUGGUUAUUGUAAACUCCCCCAUUGUAGACCUGUCGGACUCGACACAGAGACAUCUUCGCAGGGAAACCAAACCAGCUGACGAGGAUAACAGCUUGCAAGGUAAUUGCAACAGGGAAGUUGCAGAAGGAUGGCUUUUCCAUUUUUGUAGGGUUAGGUUUCUGCGAUACAGCGCCCUUUAACAAACUGCAGUUCCCAGGAGCUCUGCUUGCCCUCCUUUCUUGUUACCGGAGAUGCCCAGGACUGAGCCCAAUUCACUGGCAUGCAGAGCAUGGCAUCUUGGUGCCUCCACCCCAAACGCCCCUCUCUCUUUUCUCCCAACAGAAAGCUACUUUGCAAGCAGAACUGUGGCCAAGGAGCUACACCAGCCUGCAGUGGAGGAGCCGGGAAGGAGAGCUCCGGGAGGAUUCGGGGAGGCUGUUUUCCCCAGAGGAGACCCUAGAAGGCCGCACGGGAGCGAGCGUGGCGUGGGGCUGCAGCAGAAGGGGGGCUGCCUCUCGGUCCGGGUCAUCAAGGACAGGGGGCUCAGAGGAGUCCUCGCCGACCCGGAAGCAAAGCGCCACCUGUGCAAGGAGUGCGGGAAGAGGUUCCGCAAGAGGUGGGACCUCAUUCGGCACGAGAGGAUCCACACGGGCGAGAAGCCCUACCAGUGCCCGGAAUGCGGGAACAGCUUCAACAGGAACACGACCCUCACGAAGCACCUCCUCGUCCACUCGGGGGAGAAGCCCCACCAGUGCGCUUACUGCGGGAAGAGAUUCACGCGGAGGUCGCACGUCGUGAACCACCAGAGGCGCCAUUCGUGGUAGGAGCUGCCUUCCGUUCCUCUCCUCUGCCGACUCUGGCUUGCCCGUUAGCCGCAUCUUGUGAGGGUGGGGGGUGUGCCAGUAGAAAGGAAGCAUUUGUUGUUGUUUUUAUACCACCCUUUAUCUGUAGAUCACAGGGCAGUUCACAACAUAAAAGUACAAUAUAAAAAACACAAAAUACAACAGCCCAAUAAUCCCCCCCACCCACAAUGCCAAAGGCAUUGAUGUCAAUCAGCCAAAGACCUGGUGGAAGAGGAAUGUUUUUGCCUGGCACCUAAAGGUGUACGGUGGUACCUCGGGUUACAGAUGCUUCACGUUACAGACUCCGCUAACCCAGAAAUAGUACCUCAAGUUAAGAACUUUGCUUCAGGAUGAGAACAGAAAUCGUGCAGCGGUGGUGCGGCGGCAGUGGGAGGCCCCAUUAGCUAAAGUGGUGCUUCAGGUUAAGAACAGUUUCAGGUUAAGAACGGACCUCCAGAACGAAUUAAGUUCUUAACCCGAGGUACCACUGUAUAAUGAAGGCACCAGCCGAACCUCCCUGGUGAGAGCAUCGCACAAAUGUGGGGCCACUGCAGAAAAGACCGGUUCUCAUAUUGCCACCCUCCAGACUUUUAUGGAGGAGACACACGAAAAAGGGCCUCAGAAGAUGAUUUCAGGGUCCUAGUAGGAUCAUAUGGAGAGAGGCAGUCCUUGAGGCAUUGUGGUCCUGAGCCGCAUGAAGAGGGUGGACUGAGAAACCUGUUUUGACUGUUGGUUGUUAGGCGACCCCUGUUCCCCUCACAGAGCUGCAAUUCCCAGAGUGGCGUAACAGUUGCUUCCUCUUCCCAGGGAGUGUUGGGAAUUGUAGUCCCGUGAGAGGAGCAGGCCUCAUCUAACAACUCUAAGAAAACCCUUUUAAAAACUACAGUUCCCAGGUUUCAUUUGGGCAAGCCAUGUUACUUUACUGGCAUGAUACUGCUAUCAAUUGAUAGUGCAGAUAGAGCCUAUGUUCAGCAGUGUAUGUGCUUGUUUACAUGGGGGCGAACAUUCAAGCCACCCCUCCCUUUGUAUUCUGAAGUGGUGCAACCCAGGAGCAUCGGUUCCAUAAUUUCUGCGUUCAAACUCAGCCUGAAUUAGGGAUAGCUCAGUCGGUAGAGCAUGAGGCUCUUUAUCUCAGGGUUGUGGGUUCGGGUCCCAUGUUGGGCAAAAGAUUCCUGCAUUGCAGGUUUGACCCUUGUGGUCCCUUUCAAUUCUAUGCUUCUAUGUAUUUAUCCCACCUUUCCUCCAAGGAGCUCAAUGGGAAGUACAUAGCCCUCCCCAUCUCCAUUUUUUCCUCACAACAACCUUGCGAGGUAGGUUAGGCCCUAAACGGCCUCGGUCCAGUAUACCUGAAGGAUCAUCUCCACCCCCAUCGUUCUGCCCGGACACUGAGGUCCAGCGCCAAGGGCCUUCUGGUGGUUCCCUCGCUGCAAGAAGCCAAGUUACAGGGAACCAGGCAGAGGGCCUUCUUGGUAGUGGCCCCCGCCCUGUGGAAUGCCCUCCCCCCAGAUGUCAAAGAGAAGAACAACUACCAGACUUUUAGAAGACAUCUGAAGGCAGCCCUGUUUAGGGAAGCUUUUAAUGUUUAACAGACCACUGUAUUUUAAUACUUUGUUGGAAGCCACCCAGGGUGGCUGGGGAGACCCAGCCAAAUGGGCGGGGUAUAAAUAAAUUGUUGUUAUAUGGGCUGAGUAAGUGACUGGCCCAAGGUCACCCAGGGAGCUUCAUGGCUGAGUGGGGAUUUGAACCCUGGUCUCUCAGGUCCUAGUCUGACCCCAACCGCCACACUGCAUUGGCUGUCAUUAUGAACCAAAUUGACAAGAAAACAAGGGCUGAAUUUCUGGUUUCUUACGAUAACACACCUUCUCCUUUUGUUGCAGCCAAGGAAGGUCUUGA